AUGUCCCGCCUCCAGUACGACCAGUUCGUCGACGACGACGAGGACGAGUGCUGCCCGCUCUGCGUCGAGGAGUUCGACCUGUCGGACAGAAACUUUCGCCCGUGUCCCUGCGGCUACCAAAUCUGCCAGUUCUGCUACAACAACAUCAAGACGACGAUGAACGGGCUGUGUCCCGCCUGUCGCCGUCCCUACGACGACUCGACGAUUGAGUUCAAGAACAUCACCCCCGAAGAGAUGGCCAAGCACAAGCAGCAGAUUGCCCAAAAGGCCAAGAAGAACGCCCAGAUACGGCAGAAGGAGGCGCAAAAGGCAGAGGCCGACUCGCUCAGCCGCAAGCACCUCGCCGGCCUGCGCGUCGUCCAGAAGAACCUCGUCUACGUGACCGGCCUGACGCCCACGAUACGCGAGGACCGCCUGCUCGACACCCUGCGCGGGCCCGACUACUUUGGCCAGUACGGCAAGAUCAUCAAGAUCGUCGUCAGCAAGGCCCGCGAGAACGCCCAGCACCAGCAGUCGGUCGGCGUCUACGUCACCUUUGCCCGCAAGGAGGACGCCGAGGCCUGCAUCACCGCCGUCGAUGGCUCGCAGAACGGCGACCGCGUCCUGAGGGCCCAGUAUGGCACCACCAAAUACUGCUCCGCCUACCUGCGCGGCGAGCAGUGCAACAACCGCAACUGCAUGUUCCUGCACGAACCGGGCGAAGACAACGAGAGCUUCACCCGCCAAGACCUGUCCAUGAUGAACUCGAUCCAAACCCAGCAGCCUGCGCAAUCCUCCAGCUCCCGCUCCGCACCGCCCGCCCACCCGGGCCCUCCCGUCUCCGCCGCCUCUACUGCCACCGCCACCGCCUCCACUGCCACCGCCACCGCCUCCACCGCCGCCGCCGCCGCUGCGCCCAUGAGUCGACAGCAGAGCAACGAAGGCUCGAGUCCGACGCAAGACGCACCGGGCUUGCCAGCGACCGCAGGCUGGGCCAGCAAAGCAGCCCUCGAGCGCCGCGCGAGUCGCUCCACCAUUGCAUCGCAUCCCAGCCCCAUGGUGCCAAACGCCACGCCUGCGCAAGCUUCGAAAGCACAAACCCCCGCGCCAAAGAAGGAGGAGCCCCCCAAGGUAGAAGAGGCACCAAAGCCCAAGACCAGGAAGGAGGAAAAGAAGGAGGAACGCAAAAAGGAAAAGGCAAAAGAAAAGGCUGCCCAAGCAUCCAAGUCUGCCAGCCCUCAAUCGGCAUCCGAGUCGGCACCAAAACUCGUCAAACCAAGUGCGGCUGGUUUCGAGGGUCUUCUCAAAGUCAUCUGCAACGACGACUUCAAGUUCAUCUUCUCCAACGCCGGCUUCUCCGAGGAGGAUUUCAAGGCGAUUGUCGAGUUUCCCCAACUUCUGGAUCCCAAUGGCGGCGCCAAGCGACGUGCGGCGAGGGAAAGGGAGCAGGAACUCGUCAAGAAGCAGCGCGAAGCCGAAGCCGAGGCCGAGGCCAAAGCGGCUGCCCAACCCCAACCGGCUCCUGUUGCCGAGCCCGAGGAGAACGAGGCAACGGCUGGAGGCAGCCUUCAGCUGGGCGGCGAGCCCGAGGGAGGCCAUGAACCAGUCGCGAGUCACCAGAACCAGCACGCCAUUGCUCCUCCCGGUCAGCAAGGGUUUGGCGGCAACUUGUUCGGCAACACGUCUCUGGCCGAAGACUUCAGCAGCCUUGGCUUGAACAACCGUGCCUUGACACCCGCGCAGCAGCAGCAACUUCUGCUUUCCAACUUCAAGUCAGGCCCUCAGUCCGCCGGCCUCCUCUCCAACCUGCAGAACAGUCAGAACCAACAAAACCUCGCAGCCAAUGCUCCCGGUCACGCAAGGCAUACCUCCCGCUUCAGCUUUGCCAACGACGGCGCCUCUGCUUCCGCCAACGUUCAACCUGUCGCCAGCCAAAAGAUCAUGAACCAGCAAAACUCCAUGAUGCCAAAGAGUGCAACCCAAUUCAACCAGAUGCCGCAGCACCAAGCGUUGGGCGGCCAGUUCUUCACAAACGUCCAAGGACCGCCUCCUGGCCUGAAGCCCACGGGCACGCCCCCGGUCGGCGGCACCAACAUGUUUGCGCAAGGUCAUGGUUUUGCCACGGGCGGGCUGCCCUACGGCGCAAACGCAGCCGGUCGAAACACCAACGAGCUGUACCAGGACCUGCUCCGCAACAGAAACAUGGACGGUGGUGGUGCUAGGACGGCGGAUUCUGGUAAGCUAGGCACGACAUUCGCCGAUGAGGACCAGGCUACGCUCGAGGUCGACGCUCUUGUCAACGAUGACGAGAACGAGCCUGUGCGGCCUCCUCCGAGCCUCCCGCUCGCUGGACAGUUUUUCGAACAACCUCGUCGAUCAACGCCAUCCAUUCCACCUGGAUUCACUGCCCCUGCGAUCCCCCGGGCCAUAGCUGAGGAAGUAGCCUCACGCCCCGGCUCUCGCCCAGGUUCGCGUCCCAUGUCGCGAACCACGUCUUCUACCAUCGUGCCCGCAGUUCCCGUUGUGCCCGUCACACCCAUCAAAGCCGAAACACCUGCAAAAGCAAAGAAGGGGAAGCAGGCCGCCAAAGCAGCAGAAGCAGUGGAUGCUGCACCGGCAGCCACAAGAGUGGUACCUGCAACGCCAACGAAAUCGCCAAGCAAGGCCCCAGUCGCAAAGGCACAGACUACAACGAGCACCCCAACGAAGACGGUAGAGGUGGCUGCGAAGAAGCCAGAGAAGAAUUCCACGCCAGACACACCUGUCAAGGCCACGGUGAAGAGCAAGGCAGCCAGCAAGAAGACCGAGAAGGCUGAAAAACCAGCAAGCACCGCCGAGGACAACAGCCCAAAGUUGCCCGACAAAGAGAGUGCAGAUGCUCCGAUUGGUACUGGAGCGCCCAACGCAAACACCAAACGACAGCCCCCGGGCAAAAUUGAUAUUCCAACGACCAAGAAUGUCGAGAAGGAGCCUACGCCUGCAACGAUCCCGAAGAAAGGGGAGUCACCAAUGAAGAACGUGCGCGCGCUUCCUCCAACCUCAUCUCCCUCGGUGCCUGCAAGUCCCGCCGUAACGGCAGCUCCAUCUCCUAUCAAGCACACGGCCGCCCCGCGAACACUGCGACUGGUUUCCACCCCCAAGGCAGAGACUCCGCCGGCUGUCGUUACGCCAACACCUCCACUGCCUCAUAUUCCUACCGUGGACAAGUUGAGGUCCAGGCAGGCCAGCAUUGCGUCCUUGAACCAGCCGGGCACGCCAGCAAGCGAGCCAAUCUCCGAUACUGCCUCGAUGACAUCAGGCAUGAUUUCUAGGGCUAGCUCUCCGCCUCCUCCAAGCACUAUUGUCGGCUCGGCUCCGGUGAGGAAGAUGACGAAAGCGCAAGCCAAGAAGAACAGACAGGAGCGCAAACGACAGGAAGAGGAGACCACGGCAGCGGACGAGAAGUCUGAUGUCGAAGUCGUCCAAGCUCCAAUCAUCGGCCGUAAGAAGAAAGCCAAGAAGCCAUCCACCACCCCGAAACCAGUCGCUGCUAUGGCUUCUGCCAUGGCUGCUGCAAAGAGUCAGCCUGCUUCGCCCAAGUCUGCUACCGUGGAGGAUGAGCUGGUGGAGACACCAACUGUGGCAUCGGUCAAAGCACAGCCUACCAGGAAUUCUGCAAGUGCCACGCCUGAGCCUGAAGUCGUCUCAGAAGAACAAAGAGAUAGGCGAGAGCCGAGUGCACAGUCCGUUCUCAACGACCUGCAGAAGACUGGCGAAAUUCUCGUAUCGGCUCUUGAGUUCUUCAAGCCUCUCUCUUCGACCCUGACACACGGCUCACGAUCGAAUCCAUCCGGCCAUCCGACAUCCCCACCCGACCUCAAGAUCCACUUUGCGGAAGCCGACCUCGACGCUCUUGCCAAGAAGAAGCCCAUCCGCCUUGGCGGCCAUGGAGACAAGCCCGACUCACGCACUCUCAUCACCCCGAACGGCAAGUUCUUCUGGGGCCUCUCGCACGAGCUCGAAGAGAAGGCCCUGUCGCUGGAAUCCCAAAUCGAGCAACUUGCCGGACAGGCGCGCUUCCACCCAUCCUCGCGCUCAAACACACACUACAACCCCCCUUACUCGCCCACAUCCGACGUUCUUCCCGCCAUCGCCACAGCCCUCAAAGAAGCCGGCAAGAAACUCAGCCCAGGUUCCCCCACGAGCAACCGAAAACUCGACCCAGCAACCUACUCGCACACCCUCUCCCAAGUCCACCCCAACGACCUCCCACCCGCAACCCUCUCUCCUCCCCCAGCCCAGCAGCAAACCCCCGCAGACGCAGGCGCCUACCUCAACCAGUUUGUACUCCCGCGCACCGACAACCCGCCGCCCAACCAGUCGCGCUCGGAAAUGGCAGCCGUCGGCGGCGCCCCAGGGUCCGGCACGCGAUCCAUCUCGGUAGCGACGCACCAGUUCGAGAAAGCCGCGCGUGCCGUCAUCGAGGGUGGUGCGGUAGGGAGUACCGAGAUCGACGGCCUGGGCAGCAUGGUGGGAGAUCGCAGUGGAGGUGUCUUCGUGCGGGGGUUGGAGAGUCUCGUCGGUGCCGGGUUGGGUGUGGGUGGGAAUGGGAAUAAGAAUGGCAAUGAGGGGCGCGAAGCUUUGGACGCUAGGCUCGACGUGCAAGGUCUCUUUGGCCGGUUCGAGAUGGGCCCUGGGAACGAGUUGAGGAGUGUGAGUGGUGGCCUCGGAGGAAGUGUCGGUCAUGGCAAUGGUUACAGUACCGCGACAUCGGCAAGCAGCAGAGGCAGCGUUCUCAGCCUCGAGGAAGCGGAAACUGCCAUGCUGAGCGCGCGGCGCGAACACGAGGUUCUGGAACGCAAGCUCGCGGCGCUGAUGAAGAAGAAUAGAAAACUCGCUGUUGGGGGAGCGCGGUGA